AUGCCACCCCCUCGAGUUAUUAUUAUCGGUGCUGGAGUAGGCGGCUUGGCCCUUGCUCAAGGUCUAAGACGAAGUCAGAUUGACGUGGCUGUAUUUGAACGUGAUGUUCUAUUAGAUUCCCGACUUCAGGGUUACAGGCUCAAGAUUUUUGGCGAGUUCCAAACGAAAUUGCGAGGUCUCUUGUCUGAUGAGGCCUGGUCGGAAUUCGAGGCCUCUUGCGCCGAAACCCACCUCGGCGAGACGACACUAAAUGCCCCAGAUGCUCAUAUCAUUGCGAGCCGUAAAGGAAUCCUCCCUGAAGGAGUACCUCUGCCGUAUACGAUUGACCGUGGAAUGCUACGUCAGUCGAUGAUGAAGGGAAUUGAGGAUUCGGUGCAUUUCGGAAAACAGUUUGUCGGGUAUGAGCUCACCGAUACAGGUGUAUGCGUUUUCUUCGAAGAUGGCAGCGUCGAGGAAGGUACACUACUCGUCGGUGCCGAUGGAGCUCGUUCGGCUGUACGUAAGCAAUUACUUCCAGAUAUUAAGCUCCUCGACACCGAAGGGUGCUGCAUAUAUGGCAAAACCUUUCUGGGGCCAGAGCUCCUCUCACGCUUUCCGGAGAAGCACCGGCGAUGGAUGACAGUGAUCCUUGACCAGACCCCAGUUCUGCAGACUAUUAUAUUUGGUGAAACACCCAUUGCACUUGUCAGUGAGCAGGUCAGCUUCAAGAAUCAAUGCGAAAGCAAGGCCUUGCCAGAGGACUACAUACACUGGGGAUUGCUUUUUCACAAUAAUACAACUGGGUUGAAGGGGGAAGCGCUGGAGAAUUCACUGAAGUUUGGCGCAGUUGCAAUGUCACUACAAUUGACAAGUGAAUGGGAUCCGUCUAUACGAAGCUUACUAGAGCUUCAAGAACCCUCUCUAACAGUGGGAAUGCGAGUAUUCUCCUCAAGCCCGGAUAUACCGACCUGGAAGCCGUCGUCGAAAGUCACUGUGAUAGGAGAUGCAAUACACGUUAUGUCCCCAUCAGGAGGAGUUGGCGCCGUGGCAACGCUGCAUGACGCCGCCACACUGGCGCAAAUAAUUAGCGAAGAGGGGAUUACACAGACAUCUAUUGGUAAAUUUGAAGAAGCGAUGAGAUCAUUUGCGACAGUUUGUAUUCAGAGAAGUUUCGUGGGAGGGGCGAAGCUUAUGAAAACACCAUUGGCUGAAGAGUGUAAUACAAUAGCUUAG